AAAUGCAGGCAUUUGCACGCGUCAUCGACAGAGGAGUUACUCGAUUCAAUUUUGGUUACGCCAUCGAGUGGAAUUAUCUUUUCAUUUUAAUGCUACACCGUUCGAUAUCUAAGUUAAGUACGCAGGAAACGAACACGCAACAAUCUCAUCUCGAGUGGAAGAAUCGGAUAAUGCGGAAAUGGAAACGUUCUUGAUUCGAGUGUCUUGAAAAGCUGUAUCGUUGGAUUUAGAGCUACUAAUUAUGUUUGCUCGACGAAAACCUUUUUAACGGAAGGAACCGUGAGAUACAUCGACUGGAAUCGUUUCGAUCCAUGACUGUUGUAUCAUCUUUUCGGUUCUCGUAAGUGUUUUCGUUACUGUUUGACACAGUUAUUUUUGGAACCUUUUCAACCCUUGCUUUAAAGGCGAUCUCAGCUCUCUUCUGACUCCUUUGAUGCGUGGGGAUAACUGGAGCUACCAGUUAAGUCAAGUGUAUCGCAUCGGGACGAAGUAGUACACUGUUUCUUUCCGGAGAGCGUGCAUCGGACCGAGGUUCUAGAGGAUUGGCAGCUACGCAACUGAAUAAAGAAGUACAUCCUGGAAGGCUGGGUAGUGCACAAGCGUAGGAACGACUUUUCUAACCCCAGAGACAUGAAACUUCACCUUGUGGCCGCGGCUGUAUGGAUAGCAACCGUAACAGCGACCUUCGAAUCCGAUUUUCAUGGAAACCAGACCAACGAAAAGAGUCACAGACAUGAACGGAGCAGUAGUCCAACGAAACUAGAGCGAAAAAGGACGAGUGUUGACUCUCAUCUUACGGACCAAUACGAAGGGACUUUCGAUUCCUCUCGGAUCGGCAACUCCGAGGCAACAGGGAUCAAGACUGCGAUAUCUUUAAACAAAAGCGAAGAUAACUAUGGAACGAAUGAAACCUACGCCGAUACCCAACAACGAUACCUCAAGCAAGUAGUUCAGCCGUACCUGUUGCCCGCGGAGACAAAAUUAACCGAAGACGGUGCAUCGAAUAAAUCGACGAACGGCGCCCCGAGACCAACGGGAACGCAUCAGAACGCUUCCAACGACAUCGCGACGGUCGAGCAUCUUCCCUUUCAAGAAAUUGCGCGUCCGAAUGCAAGCACAGCGCUCAGAGAUUCGUCUGAAAACAGCUUCAACCGCUCGGGCCUCGUUUCCGACGAGCGGAUAGCCGUGGAGAACGUUGCCGACUUCGGUCAACGAAUUCGCUCGGUAUCUUUCAAUCACAGGAACGAGAACUUGGGUAGAUCAAGAUCGAGACAGACCGCGGACGAGGAAUACAGGAAACAGCACAGAAAGAACGCUAGGCCUCUGUUGUUUAAAAAACUCAACUUCACAGAGAACGCACCAGGUGUAUCACUCGAACACGGACUUGAUCGAUCACAUGACGAUCAUCACGUCCAGAGAACUCUGAAACGAGACGAAACCGGGGGGGAGUACCUUAAAGUCGACCACCUUGAAAGCAACAAAACGAAACCUAUAAUUAUUCCUUGGACUGUCGAUCAGGAAGCGUCUAGAUCCGCGACUAGAGACAGCAAACCGAGACAGAAAGAUUUUGAACGCGACGGUGCGUUCGCCACGAACGACACUCGGAGAUCCAUCGCGGCUUCCGUCUUAACUGUGUCUCUGGGAAAGUUCUCUGGUCCGAUAGUGGUGCCAGAUCUGCCUCAUCGGAAUAAAUACCUCUUCACGCCGACGACCAACCACAACGACCCUUUGAAAGUAGCCUCAACGACGCCAAACACGAAAGAAAUAGAUGCUAAUUAUCUGGGAGCGUCGCAGGUAGUCUUAAACCCUCUCCAGGUCGGCGUCGCGCUAAUGAACGCCGGACAGGACAUGAACUCUGUAAGUGAUUCCGUAAAUUUACCUCAGAUCUAUAUAAAAAACGAGUCGCAACCACCAUUGACCACCGACAACCUCGACAAUCUCAGCAAUCUCGACAAUCUCAGCAAUCUCGACAAUCUCGGCAAUCUCGACAACCAGAGAACAGGUCAAAAUGACGGCUCUGUUCUUGGUAACUCGGACCUCCAGAGCGAUCAAUUGUCGCAGCAAGAGCAGAUCUCGGAGGUAGUAUCAAAUUCACCCACGCAGUCGGUGGAGAUUCAGAAGUCAGUGGAGAUAUUCCACACGGCGCCCGUGCAUGAGAUACACUAUCCUCCAGAGUUCGUUCCCCAUGUACAGCAAUCCCAUGCUAAGCAACGUUUCCAAGAAGAGGACAGAAAGCCACAAAAGGGCCACUUCAAGGAGCACAGGCCUAGCCAAGUAAACGUUUACAAGAACAAUGAGAUAAUUAACGAGAUCGUCUCCUCGAGUAACCAAGAACAUGGCAAAUACGAGUAUAACGUGAACGAGAACGACGUUGGCUACUCGAACGCUCAAGCGGAUCAAGCUUUGCCCUUGGCCAGCAAGACUAGUUACGUCGUCAAGGAACAAGUAGAUAAUACACGGUACAUCGACACGCUUCCUAAGUACUCCAGAGUCCAACCUAAUUCCGAGUUCACCUCUGACCUUGUGCCCAAAGAAAUCGCAAGCAAUUUUGAUUCCACGAUUGUUACGCAGUCCCCUAAGAUAGAGGGUCUCCCAGGUGUGGUGAACCUGGAGAGUCCUCAAGGGACCCCGGAAGUGUCACAAAUUCUACUAGCGAAGACUACGAGCGACACUCCAAUGGAACUUAGGCUUCUGAUGACAGUUCCUCAACCGUUUCCUGUUGAAAAGGUCAUCGAAAAAACAGUCCACGUUCCUCAACCGUUGGACGUGGUGGAGAAGAAGCUUCCUUACCCAGUGGAGAAGGUGAUAGAAAAGCAGAUAACGAUCCCGCACCCGUUUCCUGUGCAUAUACCCAUCGACCGAGUAGUGGAGAAGCAGAUCCGCAUCCCGUACCCCGUUCACGUGGAAAAAGUGAUAGAGAAGAAGGUGCCGUUCGCGAUACAGAGGUUCAUCGUGCCAUUUCCGUUUCACUUCAGAGUCUCGCAGGCAGUCGAGAAGCCUUUUAUAGAGAAAGUCCACGAGAAGCACGCCAGGCCGUACACUCUAGAAAACGCGAAGCUGAUCAAGUCCGUGGCGAUUCCGGUGUACAAUGUUCACAACAACGACGGAAAUUAUCAGAUGGCCAGGCAACAGAGUUUUCAAACUUUGCCUGGGCCUUCGUACGAACCUGUCAACGACGACCAGAGUUAUCUUAAUACGACUCAGUACUAUGGUCUUGGAUACGCAGCUAUUGGCAGGCAACCAUCGAUGCACGGACUUCCAAAGAAAUUUGGAUCUCAUGGUGUUCAAUAUCCGCACUUGGUGGCUUACUCGACGUCCAUUAACCAUAACGGAAAUCCUUACGGUAGAGGGACACCUGAAAAGGAUAAGAUCGUAGAUGAGUACGUGGGACCAGUCCCAAGGAAAGUGAUUCAAACCUCCCUGGGGAUGCAAUCGAAGUCUAUGCAGUAUGCGUCGGAUGCUCAAGCUACGAUGAGGAGAACCAGGCAAGAAGCAGGGAAUACCGGGAGUUUCAGGCAGUCCAAGAUGGAGUAUGGCUUCAAGCCACCGAUGAUACCUUCUGUACAGUACGAUGAGCAAACUGCAACCAAAGUGGAAUAAGAAAUUAAUAACGGAAUUAAUAAGAAGAAAUUAAUAAGAAGAAAUUAAUAAGAAAGAAAUUAAUACGAGCCUUGUCAUUCUCAUUUGAAUUUCACUCGAAUUUCACUCGUCACAGGACACCCUGUAUCGCGAAUGUUCAUACGUAGUGGAUACGAUCACCUUAAACAUUCCAAAGUCCUACGUUAAGUUGGACGAAAUGUGGCGAAAUCAGAAAAUCCGAAUCUCAAAGGGUUACGUAACCGGUGUAAAACCUCUCUGUAAUCUCCGUAAUUAUGUCGAAUACUCGAGUAUAGAAAGAUAAGUGUAAAUACGGGAUCGCGAAGACAUGUAUUGUAUUUAUUGCAAAUGUGAAUACCCCGCGAGAAAUGUUCUAUCUUAGUGACUUUUCAUUUUGUUAAUCAUCGAGCGCUUCUGAUUUUAUCGAAUUACAUGUACGCAUUAGACGAUGUAUCAGACGAAGACUGACAUAAAAUAAUUGUAAGAACGGACGAGAGAACGUAAGCUCUUCUGUAAUCAGUUUAUAGAAUGUAACGCGUAAUAAUACAUUUUGAAAUUGUAUCAUUCUUAUGAUAUAUUAAUCGUGCGUUCCAAUUUAAAUCUCAUUUACGGUAUUUGUGUGAUAAUUGUAUAUUAACAAAUUUCUAACGAUGCCAUUAAGAAGGUAUACUUUGAAUAGCUUCCUUUAUAAUUACCGUACUUUUAUAUUUCCAUGUUUUCACUACUAAAUUAUAAAUUCUUUCAAAGUAUAAUUGUAACGACCAAUUUUUUAGAUUAAGAUUUAGUUGUAUAAGCUGUCUACGAUAUCAAAUAAAUCUC